UGGCACUACAAGCCGCCGUGAACUCAACAAUGAAGUUGGGUUUUACUCCAAACGCCAUUUCAAAUUCCUCCUUCUCACCUCCACGCGUUCUCACUCUUCCUCCUUCACAUCCCUUCUCUGCUCAAUCCCCUGCUAACAAUCCAUCCUCCCCAGGUUCAGGGAGAAAGAAAUCAAUUUUGCUUGCGCAAAGUACUCAGCAUAAAAGUGAACCGAUACCCAGUUAUUUGAUGGCUUCAGAGCAGAAGUCUCCGGAAUUGAACAGAAAUCUUUACCCGCAAAUAGAGCCGUAUGGUACAGGGUUUUUGAAAGUUUCGGAUCUACACACAAUCUACUGGGAGCAAUCAGGAAACCCAGAUGGGCAUCCUGUUAUCUUCCUUCAUGGGGGCCCUGGAGGUGGUACUUCACCGAGUAAUCGGAGAUUUUUUGACCCUGAAUUUUAUAGAAUUAUUCUAUUUGAUCAGCGAGGCGCAGGAAAAAGUAUGCCCCAUGCUUGCUUAGAACAGAACACCACAUGGGAUCUCAUUGAUGACAUUGAAAAGCUAAGGGAACACUUGGAGAUUCCAGAAUGGCAGGUAUUUGGUGGGUCUUGGGGAAGCACGCUUGCUCUUGCAUACAGCCAGUCACACCCAGAAAAGGUUACUGGCAUAAUCCUCAGGGGAAUUUUUCUUUUGCGAGAGAAAGAGAUUGAUUGGUUUUAUGAGGGUGCUGCUGCUGCAAUAUUCCCUGAUGCUUGGGAGCCAUUUAGAGAUUUAAUUCCAGAUAAUGAGAGAGGAUGCUUCAUUGAGGCCUACAGGAAGAGAUUAAAUUCUGAUGAUAUGGAAACUCAAUAUGCAGCUGCUAGAGCAUGGACCACAUGGGAAAUGAUGACUGCACAUCUUAUUCCAAAUGAAGAGAACAUCAAAAGGGGUGAUGAUGAUAACUUUUCACUGGCAUUUGCAAGGAUUGAAAACCAUUAUUUUGUAAACAAGGGAUUCUUUCCAUCAGAUUCAUUCCUGUUGGAUAAUGUUGAUAAAAUAAGGCAUAUCAACACUAUAAUUGUACAGGGAAGAUAUGAUAUUUGCUGCCCAAUGAUGUCAGCCUGGGAUCUUCAUAAAGCUUGGCCAGAGGCAGAUUUUAGGGUGGUUGCAGAUGCAGGUCAUUCAGCGAAUGAACCAGGCAUAUCUGCUGAACUUGUGGCUGCAAAUGAGAAACUGAAAAACCUGAUCACCAAUAAGGCCUGAACUGACUGACUCAGAACACACGCAUAUCUGCUGUGCAGAAAUGCUGGUUUAUUGUACCUAGAUUGCAGGAAAGGUCCUUAACCUCUAAGAAACAAAUAAAGACCCAGCUGGAGGGUUGUUCUCAGGGUCUGAUGAUGGAAUUGGUUACGAUUAUGUUGUUAGUGGAUUUGGUUUUGUGAUGGAAGUGCUAUAAAGCCUACAAUAUUAUUUUGGUUUUGUACCUAGAUUGUAGGAAAGCUCCUUAACUUCUAAGAAACAAAAAAGACCCAGCUGGAGGGUUGUUCUCAGGGUCUGAUGAUGGAAUUGGUUACGAUUAUGUUGUUAGUGGAUUUGGUUUUGUGAUGGAAGUGCUAUAAAGCCUACAAUAUUAUUUUGGUGGUGCGUUUCCUCAGAUGUUAUAUCAGUGAAAUGUAAAUUAUUCUCUCAUGAAUUUUAUGUCAUGAUAAUUUAUAAAGAAUUAUUAUAAUAAUUUAUUGAAAUAUUUGAAGAUAA